GAUGUUUCCGCAUGCGGCCAUAGCUCACUCGGUCCGUGGCAGCGUGGACCGAUGCCGCCCCCCGUCACAUCAGGCGCAGCUCCAUGGGGCCUUGCGGUGAAGGGGUAAAAUUGGCCUCGCGUGCUUCAUAUGUCGUGUGUUUGUUCACCUACUCCAGAGCGUCUAUGACUCUUCCGCGUCUUUGGUAUAUAUAAAUAAUUUCGGGAAACGCCUCAGCCAUGUCCCUAGACCUACCACUAUUGAUCAGCAGGAGCAGGUUGCUGGGCACUGUCGCGAGCUCUGCCCCCCGCCUACUCAAUAUGAUUACCAAGCCGGACAAUCUGGCCCGUCGAACAAAGUCAUUCCAUCUCUCAUGUCUGGAUCAGAACAUUGUGCGCGUGUAUAUACAAACGCUGUGUAUAUUUCCCUUUCCCGACCAGAAUAAUGCCGAAGCUGCCAUACAUGCGCUUGGGAAUGGUAUUCGCCUCUCGCUCAAAAAAUUUCCUUUCCUUGCUGGUCUCCUCUCUCUGCCCGAUACUGCCACGGGGAGACUUGCUCUGGAAUAUCCCAUUGAAGUGUCCGACGAAGAGCUGAAUUGCAUAUUCCGAUCAAAGCAAAUCCCUUACCAUGAGCGUGACUUUCCCUACACAUACGAACAACUCAAACGAGACGGCAUGCCACCAAGUGCUUUCAAAGGUUCCAUGUUUGUCCCCGAAGAUCUUGCACAGUACCCAGGUGUUCCCAAAGACGGCGAAGGCAAAGUCGAUUUUGGAAAGAGCGACGCGCCCGCGAUGCGAUGUCAAGCAUUCUUCAUUCCUGGCGGAUUGGUCCUUUCCACCUACAUGCACCACAGCGUAUCCGACUUUUCCGGCAUCAACCUUUUCUGGGAAACCUUUUCAACACACGUAUCCAAUCUCCCGCGCCAACACUUGAUAAGUGAUAGCAAAAUCUUUGAUACAAUAAGCGUUGCUGACAGGCAAUCGCGACUACGGCAAGCCGUUGAUUGGCACAUUAACCCACAGCAAACAGGUGGCGCUGCUGCAGACUGCUACUGUGAUGGGCCACCCACAUAUCGCAGGACAUUACCCGCCGACACCACCUGCGCUCAACGUCUUUUUGUAAUUCCAGUCUCUCGCAUACGCAGAUACCAGGACAUGUUGCGGCCUCACUUCCCACCGGACAGCACGCCAACAAUGUGCAAUGUGCUCGCUGCGCUGGUGUGGACGCACGUCACACGAGCCAGGGGAGACCGACUGCUGCAGCACGACUUGCAAGAGACGAACCUCGGCAUUGCCACCGAUCUACGCAAACGUCAGAACCCAUGCGUCCCCGCGGAUUACACGGGCAACAUGGCCUUAUUUUCAAAAGCCACUCUCAACGUUUCAGACCUAUUGAGCGAAGACCGCGUAACCCUCCCCACCAUCAUCCGCGUCAUCAAAAAAAUCCAAACUGCCAUCCAAGGCGUCGACGACACGUGGGUGUCACGCCAUCUCAAAUUCUUCAAGUCGAUCGCGCAAAUCACCGAUACCGAGAUUUCACUAGGUUCGGCAUUUGGGUCGGACAUAUACAUUUCGAGCUGGUUAAACUUUGGCGCAGACCUCAGCUGGGGUAUCCCGGGUACUGAUCAAGGUAAACAGUCACUGGCCGGUCGGCCCGAGUUCAUCAGGCGCACGUAUGCGCCGAGCGAUGGUGGAAUCAUCUUCUUGCCUAGACGCAGACAGCUGGUCAAUGGCGCAGAGGCGCCAUUUGAAAUUUUGGUACGACUUGCCAAGGAGGACAUGACGCGCGUGCUCGACGAAGAGGGAGGGUUGCGCAGCUGGGCGGAUGCUGUGCUUGAGUAGAUUGGGGGUUUGUAUUUGACCACCCUUCUACCAGACAAGAGAAGUGUGUUUGCCCUAGUGCAACGGGCUAUUGAU